AUGUUCCAAGUACCCGGUCCAAUAAAGGCCCUUUUCGAUACAUUCCCGCUAAAAACGUAUCCUCCCAUUUACAGUGAUCCCAGUGAUGAAGGAUUCGUGUAUUUCGGUGUGAAAGACUCGUCCAAAGAGACAGACUCCAAGUUCACCUUGGGAGUACAUGGACUAGCCCAUAUAGAAGGAAAAACACUUCCGACGGACCCCUUUUCACUUGCAGACUGUUUGAUUCUUUGUCACCGUCAUGGUCUUACUUUACCCAAAAACAAGGAGAAGUCUCCGUACAGCAUGGUAGCAUUUUCGUAUGAGGCCUCACCUACUAACGAAUUGCCCAUAUUGGUGGAGCAGACAAAGGAUACCGCUACUGUUAUUAAGACAAACGAAAUCCAGGACUCUAUUAGAAAAAAGAAUUUCGGAAAAAGCAUCAUUGAGCUCCUUGUGAAUCUGUUUCUCGACGAUCUCAGCGACUUGUGGAUACUCAUACUUCUAUCGGAUGUGGCUGGUUCGCAGACGGCGAAGCUCAACAAAGUAUUUGAUUUUUUGAAAACGGGCGAUAAUGCGUAUAUCGAGGGCCUCUUGACUGCAAGGCUUUUGAAUGCCAUUCCUGAGUGGAGCUCUUUUAAGGCUAAAUACCCGCUGAUUUUCCAUAGAAACAGAAUGCAUGCUGCUCUUCGAAGCAAGGAUGUCAGCGACGGUUAUUACGGCUCCAACGCUACUGCCUUGCAAAAAUUGCUUUUUGAAAAGAUGUCUCAGUUUGAGAGAAACCUCCCAUUGAUUUGGAACUACAUAAAGGAGAAUGGGUCAUCGGACGCUUUUGCAGUGUUGGAGCUCAAGACUGCUGCAUUUGUUUUCAUCAUUGAUCAAUUCUUCAGCGAGGGCACCCAUAUUGGUCUGAUGAUCAAAAAGGACGCUUAUGCUCAGAUUGUCAAAGAAAGCCAGGAAAUCGUGCUUGACAGGUUCGCUUAA